AUGGAUUUACAUCCAAGAAAAAGAAAGACAUCAGAGAAAGCAUGCUUUCUGUGUCAAAAAGAUAUGGUGGAGUGUGACGAAAGAACACCAUGUUCAAGAUGUAUUAUAAAAGGUGUUCCACAUAUGUGUUUCAGUUCUACCAGGGCAUCGCCCAAUUAUCCAUUUAAUAAUAAUAUUAGACCUAAUAUAUCACCUACCACUUCGUCACCUCCUAAAACUUCACCAACUCAGAAAAAUACAAAUAACACUACCACAACAAAUAAUCAACAAAGUAAACCAACUAGUACAAGUAGUAAUACAAGCAAUACGAAUAAUAAUAAUAGUAAUAAUAAUAAUAAUAAUAACAAUAACAGUAGCAAUAACAAUAAUAACAGUAUCAAUAAUAAUCAACAACCCACAGAUAUCGUUAAAUCAGAUUAUAAUGGUAUAGCAAAUUUAUUAAUUAGUGAACUAAGAGAAUUAAAAGAUGGUCAAAAAAAAAUUUAUGAUGAAAUAAUUUAUUUAAGAGGGAAGAAUGAAAAAUUAGAACUACUCAACGAGGCAUUGGUAGCUAAAUUAAGUUUAUUAACAACUGAUGAUUCAUCUACACAAUCAUCACAUCAUUUAUUACAUUCAAACAUACAUACAGAUAGUGCAUUAUCAUAUCCAAUGCACGAAGUUGGCCAUUAUAAUGACCAAAUUCAUUUCCAAAAUAUAUUUAUAGUUAUAGAUUUAUUAAAAAACCCACCAAUGGUUUUGAACUGUUCAAAAAGUUUUUCACAGUUAAUCGGUUAUUCACAAGAUGAAAUUAUUGGUUUACCUUGGACUGAAAUUACACAUCCAAAUUUAAUGGAAAAAACAAUGUCAUUCUUUCAACAACAGCAUAGAAAUUUAACGGAUAAAAGGACAAUGGAGAUUGCACAGGUUUAUAAAUGUAGAGAUGGUUCCAUUUUUAGCACUAUAGAUACCCAUUCAUUGGUUUAUGAUUCAGAAAAUACAAAGCCAAUUUGUGAUAUUGUUAAUAUUAGACUUUUAGAGGGCAAUGAACCAAUACCAACAGAUAUUAUUAAUUCAACUUCUGUGCCAACUUCAAAUCGUUUAAGAUUAAAAAAUACAAGCACAAUCUCAUCAGUAGAUGAGUCACCACCAUCAACACCUGUAAAUUAUCAAACAAACACAACAACCACAACAGCUACAAAUACAGCAAACACAAAUACCAAUAAUAUUUCAACCACUAAUACACCAACUAAAAAUUAUAAUAAUAGUCCUUUUAAUAGUAGUAAUAAUAGUAAUCCUAUAAGCAUGAAUACUACCUCAAGAAUUUAUGAACAACCAUCAACACCUUCAACUCCAAUAACACCAAAUCAAUUAAAUUCAACAAGCGGUAUGGUGCAUACACCCGUUACCACCACUUCCAAUGAUUUUAACAACAAAAUGAAUAUAAAUGAUAUCCCGAUUGGUUUAUAUAAUACUAUAGGUAACGAAAUGGAGUUAAAUCAUAAUCAUAAUAUAGAUAAUAAUCAAUUUUUAAUUCCAAAUGCAUUUACAUUCGAUCCAUCAUUGUAUACUACAAAUAUACCGACAUUAACAACUCCAACUUUUGACAAUACUAAUAAUAACAAUAAUAAUAAUAAUAAUGGAAUUAUCCAACCAUCGAUAAUAACCGAGGGAAUAGCAACAGUACCAACUUCAACAACCAACACAAAUCCAAAUCCAAAUCCAAAUUUAUUAGAUAGUAAUGGUGGACUUUUAACCGAUUUUCUAGACCCAAUGAUUGGUGAUUCAGUGAAUCAAUCAAAUAAUAGCCAAACAAAUUUAUGGAGUUUCGAUUCAUCUGACUGGAAUAAUUCAAAAUAA